AUUCACACUAAAAGCCGCCUCCGCCUUAUUCUCUCUUCGGUUUCUCUUAUUCAUUUCUGGUUCAAUUUUGUGAAGAUCCUGUUUCAUCUGCAUAUGGCUAAAUACGGGGAAGGAGACAAGCGAUGGAUUGUAGAGGAUAGACCAGAUGGUACAAAUGUCCACAACUGGCAUUGGGCGGAGACCAACUGCCUUGAUUGGUCUCGAAAUCUUCUCACCAAACUCUUAUCUGAUCAAACAUUGCUCGACGGUGAAGGUAACAUUCAUAUCAAAACAAAAAAGGUCGAGAAAGUCGACGGUGAAGCCUAUCUUAACAUUCGUAAGGGAAAGAUCAUCCCUGGUUACGAGAUUAGUCUAACUUUAUCAUGGGUAGGCGAGGCGAAAGAUGCUGAAGGUAAAAGUUUGUUGAUUUCUGAUGGAACAGUAGAGAUCCCGUAUAUUGCUGAUGAGAAUGCUGAUGAAGAUCCUGAAAUUAAGGUUAUGAUUAAGGACGAGGGUCCGAUUGGGAAGAGAUUGAAGGAUGCUUUUCUUGCAAAGGGGAAACCUUUUGUGUUGGAACAAGUUAGAGCUUAUGUUGCUGCCAUGGCUAAAGGUGGUCCGGCAAAAGAUGAUGAAUUGGAGGUUAAGAGCAGGAAAACAGCAGCUGCAGCAACUGGUGGAUCUACAGUGGCUGUUGCUGCUGCUGCGCCUGUAAAAAAGGAUGAGAUGAAGAAGACUAAGAAGAAGCAGAAAGAAGGGUUCAAGACGAUAACCAUGACUGAGAAGUUUAGCUGCAGAGCGAAAGAUUUGUAUGAGAUAUUAAUGGAUGAGAAUAGGUGGAAGGGUUUCACUCAAAGCAAUGCUAAGAUCAGUAAGGAGAUUGGUGGGAGUUUCAGUAUUUUUGAUGGGUCAGUUACAGGGACUAAUGUUGAAUUAGAGGAAGGAAAGCUGAUAGUGCAGAAAUGGAGAUUCGGAAGUUGGCCUGAUGGAAUUCUAUCAACUGUUCGUUUGACAUUGGAAGAGCCUGAACCAGGAUUAACAAUUGUGAAUCUGAUCCACACAGAUGUCCCGGAAGAAGACAGAUAUGGGAAUUCAACAGUGGUGGAGAACACAGAGAGAGGAUGGAGGGAUCUGAUUUUGCUCAAGAUUCGCUCUGUUUUUGGAUUUGGACUAUAACAACAAGUAGUUCUUUCUGUCUCUUCUUACCAAUUUAUGAGUUUCUUGAUCUCUAUUACCUAUGGGUAUCUGUCAUUGCCAAUUUAUCAGUCUCUAGACACAAUAAUGUGUUGGGUAUUCUUAUUCUUAUUUUUCUAGACAGCAGAUUGAAUUCAGUAUUGGAUGAUUCUGUUCAUUUGCUAGUGCUUAAACUUUUGGAUUAUGUUUGAGUAGCUAGGUUAGAUGGUUAAGUCCUUA